AUGGACACCUUCCCAUCUUACUCCUCAAAUCGUGCAGAGGAAAUGCCUCAGCAGGACUAUACCAGCAGCAAAUCCAAUGAGACGACCCCUCUGCUCGCCAAUUGCGCAGAUGGGACCGAGUCAGCGGAAGAAAAAUGGAAGCCUGGACCAGGGUUCAUCUGGAUUCAGAUAGCUAUCUUCUCGAACGUGUUUCUUUCGGGGUUUGAUGGCACCAUUACUGCAUCUACCUAUGCAGUGAUCGGAUCAGAGUUCAAUGCCGCGAAUACCAUCUCGUGGCUGACAACAUCCUACUUGAUCACGAGUACAGCAUUUCAACCACUUUAUGGUCGAUUCUCGGAUGUUUUGGGACGGCGGACUUGCUUCUUCACGGCCACUAUAACCUUUCUGCUUGGCUGCCUGGGCUGCGCUCUUGCACCGGAUAUCAUCACUUUGAAUCUGAUGAGAGCACUUACUGGCCUUGGUGGCGGCGGCCUCAUGACCAUGGCUACUAUCAUCAACUCCGAUCUGAUACCUUUCAAAGAGAGAGGGAUGUACCAAGCAUGCCAGAAUGUACUGCACGGCUUUGGUUCGAUAUGCGGAGCCUCUCUCGGGGGUUUGAUAGCAGACACCAUCGGUUGGCGCUGGUGCUUCUUGUGUCAAGUGCCCAUUUCAGCAUUCGCAUUCAUGGUCGGACAUCUCGUCAUCAAGGAAGACGAGAGAAAGAUAUCCCCCGACCAAGAGACUGCAACUUGUGUCGGGCAUACCUCAAAGUGGAAGCGAAUCGACCUUGCUGGAGCACUCUUACUGGUUCUUGGCCUAUCUGCCCAAUUGGCAGCGAUGAGUAUGGGGGGUAACAACUAUCCUUGGAGCGAUAUCCGAGUCAUUAUGGCACUGGUAGUGAGCGUUUUCUUGCUUGUGGCAUUUGUGCUAGUCGAGAUGCGAACGAAAGCAAUAGCGGUGAUGCCAAUGUCCAUGUUGAAGGGGACUCUUGCUGUGUCCAACCUCAUCAGCAACGUAUGCGUUGGCAUGGCAGCAUACUCGUUUUUGUUCGUGCUACCACUUUUCUUCCAGGUCGUCCUCCAAGACAGCGCUUCGGGAGCUGGAAUGAGACUUGUGAUACCCUCACUAGCCACGCCAGCAGGCGGCCUUGUUUCCGGCAUCAUCAUGUCUCGCUGGGGUCGCCUUAGUGAGCUAGUUCGGGUCGGGUGCUUGCUGAUGAUGGUAGGCAACGGCUUAGUGGCGUCACUCAGAUACCAAGACACCCCGUGGAAGUAUCUGAUCUACCUAAUUCCUGCGAACUUUGGCCAGGGAAUGUCAUAUCCCGCCAUUCUCUUCACCUUUCUAGCAGCAUUCGACCACAAUGGAUCCGAGUGCGCCGAUAUGGACGAGAAAAGCAUCGAAGCUUCCAAGAUGGCUAAAGAGAAAGAGCCUCAAUCAGUCACUGCAGGCUCUGUUGUGCCUCUCGAUGUCGAUGACAUCCAGUCCAAGCUCAGAGAUCCUUUUCUGGGAUCGACUCAACAACACCCAUUCGCGACUCUUGAGAACGCUGAAUAUUGGUCCAACGUCUAUGGAGAUGCCAAGUACGAAGGGCGACAUCGCUUUGACCCAGCAUGUCAGUGGGAUGCUACUGAAGAAAAGAGACUAGUGCGAAAGCUCGAUAUGCGCAUCAUGGCUUGGGUCUGGAUAAUGUUUUCUUCGCUUGACCUCAUUCGGCGAAAUGUUAAUCGCGCAGUCUCCGAUAACAUGCUUGAUGAACUGAACAUGAACACCAACGACUUCAACAGUGGCCAGACCAUCUACUUGACAUCCUUUCUUGCUGCUGAGCUCCCUGGCGGCCUUCUUAGCAAGAAGAUUGGUCCCGAUGUUAUGACCCCCAUUUCAAUCUGCAUCUGGGGAACUAUCUGUGCUUGUCAAUGCUUGAUCAAAAGCCGUACUGGAUUCUUCAUCACUCGUGCUCUGCUUGGUUUCUCUCAAGGCGGGUUCAUCCCGGAGAUGGUUCUAUACCUCUCAUACUUCUACAAGUCCAACGAACUCCCCAUGCGCCUUUCGGUGUUUUGGACUGCUAUACCAUUGACGCAGAUAAUUGGGGCUCUCCUUGCGGCGGGUUUUUUGAAAAUGCGUGGAUUGAACGAUUGGUCAGGCUGGCAAUGGCUGUUCUUGCUCGAAGGCCUUAUGAGUAUAGUCAUUGGGCUGAUGACUUUCUUGGUGAUGCCACCCAGUAUCACAGAGACGCACAAAAUCUUCCGUGGAAGAGCGACAUGGCUUCACAGCAAGACCGGUUGGUUCACGGAGCGAGAAGAGAAGAUUGGAGUGAAUCGUAUCCUCCGCGAUGAUCCGUCUAAAGGCGAUAUGAACAACCGGCAACAUGUGGAUCUGAGAGGUAUUUGGCAGGCUGUAAAGGACAUUGACCUGUGGCCGACAUACAUUGUAAGCCUCUUCAUCCUCUGCUUGAUCUCGCCUGACAUGAAGCAGCUUGGCAUCAUGGCUUUCAUCCCUUUCCAGCCUGCCGCUAAUUAUCUGUCUUUGACCUUGAGAACUCUGGGAUACACCGUCUUCGAGGCCAAUAUGCUCGCGGUUCCAGGGUAUUUCCUGUUCUUUGUCAAUAUCCUGGUGGUGGUCUGGCUGAGCGAAAGAUACCGCGAGCGCCUCAUCUUCGGGUCAACGAGUAACUUCUGGGUCCUGCCAUUCCUCAUCGGACUUCUGGCGAUUCCUGCGAGUGCUAGUCCUUGGAUACGUUAUGCUCUUCUCACCGGAGUCAAUGGGGAGCCGUAUACUCACGCGAUCCUCGUCGGGAUGAUCUCUCGGAACGCGAACAGCGUGGGCACGAGAGCUGUCUCCGCAGCCGUAUACAACAUCUGCUACCAGAUCGGAUCUAUUGUUGCUGUGAACGUAUAUCGGAACGACGACAAGCCUUACUACUAUCGUGGAAAUAAGAUCCUCGUUGGUAUUACCUCGGCCAAUAUUAUUCUGUUCUUCCUGGCAAAGCUAUAUUACAUUAAGCGGAAUCAACACAAAGAAAGCAAAUGGAACUCUUUGAGCGACUUCGAGCGAGCGAACUACCUCUCUACCACGAAGGACACCGGGACAAAGAGGCUCAACAUCCGGUUUGCUCAUUAG